UUUUCAUUUAUAAAAAGCUAACCUACUCCCCCGUCUCUCUUCUCCUCCCCGUAGAAAGAAAAUAAAAAACAGAGUCCCCCGUCCCACCGCCAUUUCUCCGUCGCCCCUGUUUUUUUUUUCCCCUUCUUCUUCUCCUGCCUCCGACACAUGAGAGAAGGAGCCGAACCGUCGUGGGUGAGAAUCAAUUGCCAGAGCCAACUCUGUUCCCGCCCCAGAUUACGAUGGACACCCCUGAUUUGUCGUCUCCGCCCCACGCCGACGCGUCCCGGCCUUCCCUCGGCUUUCCCUUGGGGACUGCUCUGCUCCUCAUCGUCAUCUUCAGCUUGAGCGGCAUCUUCUCCUGCUGCUACCACUGGGACAAGCUCAGCUCCCUCCGCCGCGGAUUCUCCGACGAACCCGCCGGCGACGACGACGAGGAUCGGGACGUCGAAGCUCCGCCCUUCAAACCCAACCCUCCCCGCUUGGAUGUGAAGCAGAAACAGGGGGAGAGCGUGCCGGUGGUGAUGCCCGGAGAUCAAAUAGCCAGGUUCAUAGCACUGCCGUGCCCGUGCCAGCCGGCCAGAGCGGAGAGAGUGGCGGUGCCAGCGGAGAAGCCUCCUCCUAAGCCGCCGCGGAUUGCGGUGCCUCUGUAUUAACGAACCGCCGCCCAUUACUACUAUUAUUAUUUAAUUACUCUUUUCUUGUAAAUAUUUUUUUAUUAUAUAUAAUAUAACGCUCAAUUUAAUUUAGUUCUUGAUCGAGUUGGGAUGAAUUGCAAUUUUGGUUGGAUUAGAAAAAAUCUGAUUCUUCUACUUGCCGGUCCUCUUCCUCGGGCGAUUCUGGUAACAAUGGGGGUAAGCUGCAGGUAAAUGUUGUUUCAAGUAUUCCAUGGAUUUAAUUUACAGCUAUCAUCGCGCCUUAAUCGAAUCUUGCAAAGGCAGUAAUUUUAAUUCAAAAGA